UCACCCUGUUGACGUGGGCGUCGGUGGUAGGAGGGGGUUUCCAGCCGGACUUAUGGCAAUAACCAUUCAAGCAGAAAUAUCUGCUCUACCUGGACGCUUCAAUUUGAACAUAACUAGCGACAGGGGCUCUCAUGCUAGUUAGCCUGGCAGUCAUGUCAUCCUCCAGUUGAACACUCGUCUAAAGUCAAUUCCAAGGCGAGGAACAACGGGACUUGGAUAUGCUGCACCAGAUGGAGAGGGAAUUGGCAGAUGAUGAUCCAGGAGUAUUAACAUGUGAUACAUCUUGCAUAUCUGACUCUUCUCAGUCUCAGCCCACAGCAAGCAGCAUAUCAGAAUAUGAAUUCUCCUGCCACUGUUGCUACGACAUUUUGGUCAACCCCACGACUCUGACCUGUGGCCAUAAUUUCUGCCGCCACUGUCUGGCUCUGUGGUGGGAGUCAUCACACAAGAACGAAUGCCCAGAGUGCCGGGAGAAGUGGGAAGGCUUUCCUAAAAUCAACAUACUGCUGAGGGAUGCAACUGACAAGCUUUUCCGUGAGGUUGUACAGCGAAGGAGAGCAGAAAUCCAGGCAAAUCCCAAAAUAUCCCGGAGCUUGCUGGCUUUCCAGAGGUAUGGAGACAACUUGGGUAGAUCUCGGACAAACCAGCAUAAAGGAGCAGGCUUCUUCUUCUCGGGGGUCCUGACCGCACUUACAUGUGUGGCUGUGAUGGUGCUGGUGUAUCAUUGGGGCAGCGGCGUGGUGGAACAACAUGACCUGUUGAUCAGUAAACCUGUGUCUCACUGGACUCCGGAGGAGGUCUUGUCCUGGCUGGAACACCUGGGUCCAUGGACUGAGGUUUACAGAGGACCCUUCAAACAGGAGAACGUUAAUGGAAGGUUGCUGCUGAUCCUGGGGGAUGAGGAGCUGUUAAAACCACCUUACAGCAUAGAGAAUCAGGCCCACAGGCGAGCUGUGUUGGCUGAACUGGACAGAAUUAAAGCUCUGGGGGUCAAACCUCCGCAGAGUCUCUGGGAAUACAAAGCGGCUAAUGCAGGAAAGUCUCUGUUCUUGCUGUAUGCACUGAAGCGCUCCCCUCGCCUCACAAUCUUUUAUUUGUAUUUAUUUGACUAUUCUGAGACCUUCCUUCCCUUCCUGCACACCUGCUGUCCAAGCAUCACACAUGUAAACAAGUCGGAGAGCAGAUACCUGAACACCCAGUUGCAGCCAAGUUGGCAACAGUGGGCGGAGUUCCUUGUGAAAUACUGUGUGCUUCCAUACCAGCUGAUAGCAGAAUUUGCUUGGGACUGGUUGUCUGUCCACUACUGGACAUCCCGCUUCAUUAUAGUCAAUGCCAUGCUGCUCUCUGUGCUGGAGGGUUGUGCUCUAUGGAGGCUCUGGACAACAGCCAGGAUCAGGACUCUGCCACAAAAGAUGUGGAAUCACUUGUGGAAGAUGCUCUCUCAGGGAUUUGCCUUCGCCCUCCUGUGGCCUUUUGUCCCACAGUUUGUGUGCAACUGCCUCUUCUACUGGGCUCUUUACUUCAGUCCUAUCAUUAAUAUAGACCUGGUGGUUCAACAGUUGAUGCAUCCUGAAACACAGGCGCUGUGACGGACAGCAUGUAGUCAGUGCCUAAUCUAUAAUGAACAGUUCACAGCAAACAAUAUAAUCUGAAGCCCAGUUGCUGAAGAGAAGGGUUCAUUUUCAGCAAUAAAUUCAGAUGAGACUGGUUUUGUUUGCUGUUGGAAAGGAAGUUUUUUUCACUUCUUGUCUAUUCUUUCUUUUUGCUGGAUGGUUACAGUGUGGACCAACAGAGAUAAUGAGCUGUUGUAAUAGGUGAGAGACAUGCCUGUAGUGUUUAUGACUUGGAUUGAUCACUGUUGUUGUCUCAGUUUCCACAGUAUAUUUACAAAUUGCAAUGCCUAAAUGAUCCAAGGGGCAGUCAUGCAAUCAUAAGUCAUGAUUAAACACUGGUGGUCUUAGAGAUCGGCCUUAUAUGCUGCUGCUGUUAGCUCUGUAACACCGACAUGGCUUUUGUUCAAAGAAAAGUGAGUAUAAAGCUACCGAAAAUUAAACAAACGUUAUGUUAAAAGUUGACUUUAUCAAAUGGUUUUUGUUAUGUAAUCCACAAUAAGAGAAUGAACAGCUGAUUGAGAAGUGACCAGUUUUAAGUCCACAUCUUAAGUGUGAGUGUGAUCUCAGAGAUACAGAGCUAUUUGAAAAUUAACUCUGCGGUUUGGUAAAAUGACCGAAAUGAGGUAAAAUUGAGGUUUGGAGUUCAGCAGCUGUUUGUAACCCUCAGGCUAUAGUGCCUGUUUUAAGAGACAGCCUUGUUGAAGAAAUGUUCAUCAAUGUCACUCCAGGAGAUUCGACACUCGGAUUAGAAAAAUAAAGGAAAAUUAAGGUUCUUAAAAAAAAUUUGUAGAGAUGGUUAUACAGAUUGAUUAUUUUUAUUUUUAUGAUUUUCUUUCAAGGCUUUUUCUUUCUUGUACUGCUGACAAAUAGUGUUGCACAUCUUUUUGUUUGUUUUUUACAGUUCAGAAACUUUUGUUGUACUAUAUUUUCCAUUUCUUCAGUGGACCAAGCAAUUUAAGAUUAGUUUUGCAUUGUUAAUUUGCACUUAAAAAUAAUACACUGUGAUGUUCUGUGUUCUAUAAUGACAAAAUAAAGUUUCUUUAUUCUUUUUUUU